AUUCUCCACGAACUGCAUUGUCCUGUGUAGUGUGUAUCACACGUUACACAGCACUUUAGCGUUCAGCCAGCACCACUACAGCUGAGCUGACUCACCAGAGAACCUGUGCUCACGAUUGCCAAUUUCUUCACAAUUUUAUAGUGACAGAGUGACAAGUUGCAUACCGAAAUGGCAAGUAAGAGAGUUUUGAUAACUGGAUCCUCUGGAUUACUGGGGCGAGACUGCCUGAAGGCAUUUCUUCAAGAUCCUGAAUGGGACACUUUGGGUCUAGCAUUUUCAAGAGCAGGAGGAAAUUUGAAGAAAGUUGACCUCACAGACUCUCAGCAAUUGUCAGAAACUGUCAGGGACUUUAAACCUGCUGUGAUCCUACAUUCGGCAGCAGAGAGGCGGCCAGAUAUUGUGGAGAAAGAAGAAGAAAAGACUGCCAAGUUGAAUGUCAAGUCCACUCAGCUGCUUUGUGAUUUAGCCAAGGAGGUUGGAGCUUAUGUACUAUUCAUCAGCACUGACUACGUGUUUGAUGGGACGAGCCCCCCAUACCAGCCCUCUGCCACGCCCAAUCCUCUGAAUAAGUAUGGCCUCAGCAAAGCAGAAGGAGAGAGGGUCGUUUCUCAGGCCAGCAGUGAAAAUGUUGUGCUGAGGGUGCCCAUAUUGUUUGGAGUGGUGGAGAAACUAGACGAGAGUGCUGUCACCGUUUUGUUCAGCAAGGUCAAGGAUGCUAGCAAGCCUGCAGAGAUGAAUCACUUUGAACGCAGAUACCCAACUUCAUGUGCUGAUCUGGCGAAAGCUAUAAAAGUUCUUGCUGACAAUAGGAGCAAGAACCCUGAUCUGACCGGCUUCUUCCACUGGAGCGGGACGGAGAUGAUGACCAAGUACGACAUGGCUGUGGCCAUGGCCGAGGUAUUUGGACUGCCCACCAGUCACAUCGUGGCAGACACGAAGCCCGCGUCGGGCGCACCCCGACCUUUCGACUGUCACCUGGACUCGUCAAGGCUGGAACAGCUCGGCGCGACGGAGAGGACUCCAUUUAGAACAGCAGUCAAAGAUGCUCUGAAGAACUGCUUGUGAGGAGAACCACAGCAUUUGUUGAUUUGUUUUUUUCAGUAGUUUUUUUAUGGGGGAUAGGUAGUUCUUGUUAUGAUGGCUGUUACUUUAUCUGCAGUGCAUCCUCUCUAUAACGACAUCAUUGGGACCAGAAAAAAAUGUCGUUAUAGAGAGGCAACCGAAAAUACUACUACUGAUGAUAUAAUGGAAAAAUUAGGACCUGGGCUCCAUGUCGCUAUACUGAGGAUGUCGUCAUAUCGAAGGUCGUUAUAGAGAGGCUGCACUGUAUUUUCGAAUUCCGUCUUUCAGGAUGUCAUUCUCCUAUGGGCUACACCGAUCUAAAAAUGAUGUUUAUGGACGAUUCAUUGAGAACAAAUCUGGAAGGAGUUGAAAAAACGAGUUUCUAAUAUGAAAUGAAUCUUUUGUUUUGUACAGAUACCUUCUGUGAAUGGGGAAGUUUUUUUUUUUAUGGUUUGUUGACACUGUUGUAUGUUUGAAUGUUUAUUGAGAUUUUGAUUGUUAGUUUUAAUGGAGGCAAAUAUAACUGCAACUGCAAUGUUUGUAGUAAAUGUCUGUGGGUUUUGUGAGUUUUUAAAUUUGUCCUAGUGGAGAUUGUAUUGAUCUUAGCUUUUUUUUUUCCCCUUUAGUGCCUGCAACGAGAAAUACUGACAUGAAAAUCUUAACACUCUACAUUAUUGUUACAUUACAAAGGUAGGCCUAGAAUAAAUGAAAAAUUUGAAGUCAAUUAAAUGCUUUUAUAAAAAUUGGUUUCCCAUUAAAAAACAAACAUCAGCAGCAUCAAAUGUUUAGAAAUAUAAAUAAUAUAUACCAAGGGACACUAGAGGGUUAAACAGCUGAAUGAUUAUUCUGCUGUAUGGAAGAGGUGCAUAGGAAGUGUAUGUACUGUAUUGUGUGGGUGACUGCUCUUUUUUUACCCACACCUUGUUGAGUUCAUUCAAAUAGCAGUUUAUGUCUUCCAGUCACAAAUUGUUACUGAAUUGAUGGAUUCUGAUUUGAAAGAAUGUGUUAUCUGAAGAAUUUGUUAUUUUUUAUAAGUUUUGGUAAAGGUAGUCUUUACCCUGCCUUAGAGGGAUGUUGGUGAUAUGUUUUCAAUAAAAGGUUGACUUACAUGAAGGUUUAUA